AUGCCUACCAAGCUGGCCUAUCUCAGCACCAUCGUGAUACGGCGCCAGUCCACUAACCACAGGCUCAUUGAUCGAGAUCAGAGUGUCGCAGUGGCUACAGAAAGGAGGUAUUCCGGGAGCAGGGACGUGAAGCAAAGUGGGAGUGACGUGGACUCGCCGCCCACCAUUCAGCCACUUCAGAACCUGGAAUACCGCAGCCCGCCGGCCCGCCCUCCAGUUUCCAGCCAGACAAUCCAGUCGGAGAUGAGUCACAGGCAGGGACACGCCUCGCCUCAGAUGCUGGUAGCUCGAUACAACCACACCAGCUACUUCUACCCAACGUUCUCAGAGAGCUCAGAGCACCGCCAUCUGCUCGUGUCUCCUGUGCUGGUGGCAAGCGCAGUCAUAGGCGUGGUCAUCACCCUCUCCUGCAUCACCAUCAUCGUAGGUAGCAUCCGCAGGGACAGGCAAGCCCGGCUCCAGCGGCACCGCCACCGCCAUCGCCGCCGCCGCCACCACCACCAUCGCCGCCGCCGCCGCCGCCACCGAGAGUACGAGCACGGCUACGUGUCCGACAGGCACUCGUAUAGCCGCUCGAGCCACAGGACACACUACACCUGCAGCCCUGCCGAGGACUGGCCUCCACCCUUGGACCUCAGCUCUGAUGGGGAUGUGGAUGCCACGGUGCUCCGAGAGCUGUACCCAGAUUCUCCACCAGGUUACGAGGAGUGUGUGGGGCCGGGGGCCACUCAGCUGUACGUCCCCACGGACGCCCCGCCCCCCUACUCGCUGACCGACUCCUGCCCCGCGCUGGACCGCACCCUGGAUGCGGGCAGUGGCCGCAGCCCCGGCCAACACCAGCAGGCACAGAGACCACAGGGCGAGAGUGGCCUCCGCACCAUUUCCGUGGACACCCUGCCGCCUUAUGAGGCCGUGUGUGGGGCCAGUCCCCCCGCGUCGGGCCUGCUGCCACUGCCGGGACCAGAACCAGGGCCGAGGCGCUCCCAGGACACGCCCACCCCAACCCGGGCCCCAGCCUCAGGCCCAGAGAGGAUUAUGUGA